GUCGCUCCCUUCCUCUCGCCUCUUCAAUCCAUCAGAAAUCAUGCGUGAAGUCAUCUCUGUCCACGUCGGUCAGGCUGGUGUCCAGAUCGGAAACGCCUGCUGGGAGCUGUACACCGUCGAGCACGGUCUCAGUCCUGAUGGCCGCCUCGUUGAGGGUUCGCCGUCUGCCAAGGACGAUGGCUUCAGCACUUUCUUCUCCGAGACCUCGGCAGGCAAACACGUGCCCAGAUCAUUGUACAUCGAUCUUGAGCCCAACGUGAUUGAUGAGGUCCGGACCGGCACUUACAGGAGUCUCUUCCACCCAGAGACAUUGGUGACUGGAAAGGAGGAUGCCGCCAGCAAUUAUGCACGUGGCCACUACACGAUCGGCAAGGAGCAGAUUGAUAACGUCAUGGACAAAGUCCGUCGCCUCGCCGAUAACUGUUCUGGUCUGCAAGGAUUUUUCGUUUUCCACUCCUUCGGCGGUGGUACUGGCUCUGGUUUCGGCGCGCUGAUCCUGGAGCGUCUCUCCACCGACUAUGGCAAGAAAUCGAAGUUGGAAUUCAGUGUUUACCCUGCUCCUACCAUGGCAAACUCGGUUGUCGAGCCAUACAACUCGGUUUUGACGACCCACACCACGCUCGAUCACUCCGAUUGCUCUUUCAUGGUUGACAACGAGGCCAUUUACGACAUUUGCAAGAGAAAUCUCAACAUUAGCUCUCCCAGCUUCACAAACCUGAACCGCUUGAUUGCUCAAGUCGUUUCGUCGAUCACUGCUUCUCUGCGCUUCGAUGGCUCCCUCAAUGUGGACCUUAACGAAUUCCAAACUAACUUGGUUCCUUUCCCCCGUAUUCACUUCCCACUAGCAACCUUUGCGCCUAUUAUAUCCGCUGAAAAGGCCCAUCACGAACAGAACUCGGUUGCUGAUAUGACGUUCUCGUGUUUCGAGACCGGCAACCAGAUGGUCAAGUGCGACCCCCGCGAGGGCAAAUACAUGGCUUGUGCUCUGUUGUACCGCGGCGAUGUUGUGCCCAAGGAUGUCAAUGCGGCUGUCAGCAUUAUCAAGACGAAACGGACAAUCCAGUUCGUCGACUGGUGCCCAACCGGCUUCAAGCUUGGUAUUUGCAAUGAGCCCCCAGCACACAUCCCUGGUGGUGACCUUGCCAAGGUCAGCCGAAGUUUGUGCAUGUUGUCGAACACCACGGCCAUCUCCACAGCAUGGAGUCGUCUGGACCACAAGUUUGACCUCCUCUACUCGAAGCGGGCGUUUGUUCACUUGGGCGAGUUCUCGGAGGCUCGCGAGGACCUUGCUGCCCUGGAAAAGGACUACGAGGAGGUUGGCAUUGACUCGGCCGAUGCUGAGGAGGGUGGGGAGUACUAGUUUCGUCUGGGUGUAAAACGUAGCUGCCCCUUCUACCUAAUUUUCUGGCUGUUGCCUCGAUGAUUUCACGAUUACCUAUAAGUACCUAUACCAUUUGAUACGACAUAACGGAAUUGCAAUGGGAACAUGUUCUUGGAAUACCA